AUGGGUGAGAGCCUGGUGUCGACAAUUAUCCGCAGGCAAGAUAACGAGGUCGUUGUCGGCACUGAGUUCCUUAAGUGCAUUGCGCUCGACCUUGGAAAGCAAAGAGGGCGCUCCUCUCCGGCCUAUCGUGUCACUAAAGGGCACUCCAACCUACGGACUGGCAAAGUGGCUGUUCCAACGUCUCAAGUUUCUGACCUCCGAUUCCAACACCACAGUCAGCUCGUCAACGCAAUUCUUGGAGAAACUUAAAGAAGUAAGUCUCCUGCCAAGCGAUAUCAUGGUUUCCUUUGAUGUCACGUCCCUUUUUACUUCUAUCCCGCAGGACCUGGCAGUCGAGACAAUCGAACUACUCCUACGAGAGAAGAACGACGAAACGGAGAAUCGCUCGGACACGCUCAAAUCAUUCAGCUCCUGAAGUUCUGUCUCAAGACGUACUUUACAUUCGACGGAACAAUCUACGAGCAGGUGAAGGGAACGCCAAUGGGUUCGCCGAUUUCGGGACUCAUUGCCGAGGCGGUCCUUCAACGGCUGGAGUCGCUGGUUUUCCGACACCACAGACCGAAAUUCUGGGCUCGGUAUGUGGAUGACACCUUCGUCGUCAUCGAACGGGAUCAGGUGCUGACUUUCAAAGAACAACUCAACGCCGUCUUCCCGGACAUUCAAUUUACGAUGGAGGAGGAGGAGGAAAACAAUCAGCUGGCCUUCCUGGAUGUCCUCGUCUGCCGCAUUGAUUGUGGUGGCCUAUAA